AUAUGCUCUACCAGUCUGUGGGAUAACAAAAAAAUCAAAGAACUUUAUAAAAUGCUGUUGAAAUGGAGUACGGUGCAAGAAGAAUUCCUGGAAAGCUUCGCUAUAUUUAGAGCCCAAAUAAUAUCCCCUCUCACUUCAUCGGUCAUGCAAUCAUAUCGGGAACGCACCGUCGAUUAUGACGUCCUCACAGGAAAUUCCUACUUUAAGACGCUUGCAUUAUAGCUGAAUAUGAAUAACAUGAUACCACCAGUGAUUUAAAUUUACUCGGCAUAACUAUAUGGUUAUAUGGGCCUUUCUGUAUGAAAGGCAAAGGGAAAGACCAUUGACAUUGUAUCAAGUGCAACAUUCCCGCCAUGGAUGGAAGCGAGGAAUUGUUGUUGAUUAAGAAAUCGAAGGCGGACGGUCCAAACGAUCAGGCAAUAGUCAGUUUUGGAUGGCGAGUGUAUGGGCUAACUACCAUCACCCUACUCAAUGUAAUGAACUUCACUCAACAGUAUCUGCUCAUUGUUACAAUAUUUGGAAUGGCCAAUGAGCUGGAAUUUGGUGAAACAGAAUGUCAGGUGAUCAACGAAACAGAAGCACGUGACUACCUCCACGAUCGCAAUAUUACCGGCCAGGAACUGUGUGCUGAGAAAGGAAGGUGUUCUGAAAACAGCACGUUUUUCUUACCAGAUGUGUGUGGCAUACGAUACACAGGACAAGGUACACUUUAUGACGUAUUAGCUGGGCCUAUCUACCUCAUAAUACAGGGUGUGGCAGCAAUUCCAAUCGUAGGCUUGUUUCAAAGGCUUUAUCUGAGACCGACAUUUGCCAUUGGGAUACUCACCGUGUUGUGGACCCUCUGUACAUUUACCACAGGCUUCGUAGAAGACUACUGGGCGAUCGCCUUGCUUCGCUUUUUUUUCGGCAUAUUUUCGGGUCCAUAUCCUCCUUUAGCUCUCGGAUAUUUAUCUCAUAUCUUUCCGAAGGAGGUACACACUGUGGUCUUUGGGAUAGGACAGUACGGUAACCUCGCAGGGUAUGGCGUAUCAUACAUCUUCAUUCUUGUCAGUGAAAGCAUGGGAUGGAGAUGGUGUUACAUCAUCUGUGGUGGGUCAGGUCUCAUCCUCGCUGUCGCUUCUUGCUUCAUGGUGCAACCUAGAGGACAUCAUAAUCAAAACGAGAACACCUUGACGCCAUCUUGGAGCCAGCUUCGUAUCAGUUUGAGACAGAUUGCUUGGUCUUUCAUGAUAUUUAUAAUCCUCGCACAAACAGCACGUAUUGCAGUCGCCUAUGUUCUGUCUUUCAACAUCACCCUUUACUUGGUCGAAUACUUUCCAGGUUUUAAUAUAUCUCUAGUUGGUGUGAUUACAAUAAUCGCAGCAUUUCCCAGCUGUAUCUUUGGAGGGAUGGCGUGCGAUCGUCUACGGAAAGUUGCUAGUUUACGCGGAAGGAUUUGCGUGACAAUCAUUCUCAUGAUAAUUUCGUUUAUAUGCGGAGUAUUGAUUUUCCAAACCAACCUUACCUCUCUGGUGAUUUCAUAUGGUAUCCUGACCCUUGUGGCGGAAUGCGUCUACUUAACACUGCUCUCUAUCAUCUCAGAUCUUACACCCAUGGAAUGCAAGCUGGUCGUCUUUGCCAUCGCUUACUUCUCCUUACACUCCGUUGCGGGAGCCAUCAAUCUCCUGAUCACCCCGAUCGCCUCUGCGACGAGCUUCAGACUGGCGCUCACGCUUCUAGUUGGAACCCUGUUCGGGUUAUGCUUAAUAUUUCUUCUCCUCGGCUGGGUUACCAUGCACAUUCAGAAAGUGAGCGAGAGUCAACUGGCCAGUCGAGAAACUGGGAAAGAACAAAGAGCGGGGGAGAUGACCGAGAAUACUCCCCUGGUAUACUCUCAUAACGGACAUGAUAAGGAUGCAUUAGUUGGGAAAUAAUUCUUAAUACACUAUAAAUGUUAGUGUUAUGCUAGUUCGUGUAUGUUGUUUCAGUUUACAGUUUGUUUUUAUUGUGAAUAGGGUAAACUGAAUCAUAAUGAUAUUGUGUGUUUACACUGUGAUUUGCAUGGCCAGAGCGGAUGACCCGUUUCAUAUAUGGUAUGGACGUACAAUUAUGGUAAACUUGCCACAAUUGCAACUGCCAUGGUAAUGGAGCUCAGCAGCUAAAUAAAAAUCGAAAUUCCCAUAAUGCAUUUUUGUAAGUUUUAUAAAAACUGAUGUCAGAUCUGUUGGGAAUAGGAGCUAACCAUGCAAGCUGUGGUUUUUCUAUUUAGAUUUUGAAAAUGAAAUGAUUUCAGAUUUAAGAACGGAUCCCAGGGGUUAAAUCUAAAUCCACAUUCAAAUGGUCAAUAUUAACAACCAAUCUGAAUUUUCCUUCUUAAAUGCAUGCGUUUAGAGUGGAGACCCCAAACCUUUUCGAUGUCGAAACAUACAUGAUUAUGAGCAGAUGUCUUGCAUAUAUUAUAGGCUGAAAGGGACCACAGAUAGAUAUUGUGCCCAGUGGUUUACCUUGGAAUACAAGAAUGUGUGCUGAAUAAUUUCUUAGUGCUUUUCCGUUUUUUUUUAUUUUCACUCUUAAUCCUGGUGUACCAAAUUUUUACCAAACAGACCACCUAAUUCGUCCUCAUGACGAAUUAAAAUCUAGUUAUCAUUAAUAUUAUCAUAAUUAUCAAGUA